AUGUAUCGCAGCGCCGCAAGGUCAACACCCCGCGCUCUGAGCGCCGCCCGCCAGUCCGCAAUUCGCGCAGCCCCUCGACGAUUCGCCUCGACAGCAUCACCCGCCGACAAGCCCCGGACAUGGAAGAGCUCGGCGCUGAGAUGGGGCGCGGCCGUCGGAGCCAUCUACUGGUACAACACGAGCCCUGUCUUCGCUGAGGAGCCCGCCCCCCGAACGAUUCCCGCGCCGUCCCAGUUCUCCGAGUCCGACCUGACCACCGUCGACGCCAUCGUCGAAGAGAAGCGCAAGCGAGCCAUCGUCAAGGCCGACGAGACCAGGCCCGCCUCCGUCCCGGCCGCCGCCGUGGACGCCACCGACAAGAACCAUGUCGUCGACGCCGAGGGCGCGCCGGCGCCCGGCUCCCCCGAGGCGCUCGAGGCGGAGGCCGACCAGCAGGGCGCGUUCAACCCCGAGACCGGCGAGAUCAACUGGGACUGCCCGUGCCUCGGCGGCAUGGCCGACGGCCCUUGCGGCGAGGAGUUCAAGGCGGCGUUCAGCUGCUUCGUCUACUCGACGGAGGAGCCCAAGGGCAUGGACUGCAUUGAGAAGUUCCAGGGAAUGCAGACGUGCUUCCGCAAGUACCCCGAGGUCUACGGCGCCGAGCUCGCCGACGACGAGGACGCGCCCGCCCCCGAAGACGCCCAGCCCGCCCUCGACGCCAACGCCGAUGCGUCCGUCGCCCCUCCGACCCACGCGGCCGAGAAGAAGGAGGAGGUCAAGAAGGAGACCAAGGCCGAUUCCCCGGACCAGGCCCCCAGGUCGGAGGUCAAGAGCGAGAUCGAGAUCAAGAGCGAUUCCGAGAUCAAGAAGGUCGAGGUCAAGCCCGAGGCCGAGAAGAAGCAGGAGAAGAAGGCGGCGCCCAAGGCGGAGAGCGUCGACCUUACCAAGCCCAACACCGCGGCGACGGACGCCACCGCGGCGAACAACAACUAG